UCCAUCCAAUAGAUCAAAGGAAUAUUAUUCAGCAAAAAAGUAUCGUACGUGACAACGCGUGAAACUUAUGUGAGUUGUAUGAUACUGAUACAAGCGAUACUAGCAAGUGUUGUGAUUGACUUAGAAGAAGAACAUAUUACCUCCGAUGGAAAUGGAUCGAUUAGCUUAACCCCAUUAACAGUCGAUAGCAUAAGUCAUUCGGUCACAGAUGCUAGAGUAAUUCCACAAACGUGUAACAAUCAUCUUUCCGGAAUCCAACCCGUUCAACCAGAGUUUGGCUUCAACGACCCGUUCCUAGUGGUCUGUGAUCAAGAUUACUCCGGGGGGAAUUGGACGGUGAUACAGAACCGAUUCGAUGGAGCGGUGAACUUCUAUCGCGGAUGGAAAGCAUACGAAGACGGCUUUGGUGAACUGUUUGGAGAAUUUUGGCUAGGUUUGAAGAAAAUUCAUGAGCUAACCUACGCAAGGCAGCAUGAGCUGGUUAUUGUUCUAGAGGACUUUGAUGGAACAACAGUGUGGGCUCGCUACAGUGAUUUCUCGGUGGCAGGUCCAGAGGAAAAAUAUAAGGUCAACAGCUUGGGCACGUACAGUGGAACUGCUGGAGAUUCAUUUGGAAUGGUUCUAAACCAAUAUUUUACUACACUGGAUGCGGAUAAUGAUCAGAACCCAAAUUUAAACUGUGCUGUUUUGUACAGAAGUGGUUGGUGGCACAAAAGUUGUCAUGCAAGUAAUUUAAACGGUAUGUACCAACCUGGUCCACAAACGGAAUACGCCAUCACGAUGUGCUGGAGAGAUUUCCGAGGAUAUUACUAUGGUUUGAAGAGUUCAAGAAUGAUGAUUAGAGCUGUGAAUAAGCGUCGAACCAUCUAAUACAAUGACACGAGACAGAAUAUACAUACAUGUCUUAAUUUAUCUGAAUGGUCAAAACUUGCUGUCUUUUAUGCUUUCUUUUUAUG